UUUGCAAAGAAUACAGAAAGAUUACAAGCUUUUUUGUCUAUCCCAUUGACUCUUCAAAUUUGGAAAUUUUUUUUGUGUCAGAUCUCUCAUCACACCUCAUGUGUUUAAGGUUGGACACUAUACAGAAGUGUGUUCGCUUACCUUUGGAGGCAGGGUUUGUUGUUGUGCCUCUUCUGCAUGCAGAGUAAUACCAUCUUAGCUACACACAGCAUGUGUUUUCAUUUUCAGUUUAAUUUCUUUUUCAUAUACUUUAUGUGCAGCUCAGCAGCAAGUUACAGUUCAGUUUGCCUUCACACAUCUAUGUGUAAGUGUGGAUACCAUAUUUAAUGUAAUGAAUAACUUUGUGUUGUUGUACCUCCUUCCUUUUCUAGGCAAUGUUUUACAUUGUUGAAUUUUAUGAGACCCAAGAGGUUGAGGUGGUGCCAGCAGCUUGGGUGGCUGAUGACGUUUGUCAGUGGCCCUCUUACUACAAACCUGAAGAACUGGUAAAGGCUGUAAAAAAUGCAGAGCAGCCGGGGUCAUCAUGGGAAGAAUUCAGAGUUCGGAUUUUAUAUAAAGCAGCAAAAUACACAACUGCCCGCCUCAAACUUCCCUGGGCAGAGACCCACACUGACCUACAGACAGCAGAAGAAAAUGAUGACAUGCCACAGAGGAAGCGAAAAAGACUACCAAGCAUUCGCUUUCAAAGCGACAGUGACAGCGACUCGACUGUCAGGACCAUGCAAAAAUCAUCACUGCCAGCAGCCCCAAAAAUUCAACAGCCAGACCUCAAUAUAACACAAAGAAGGGCCCCUACACCCCAACGACCUGCAUCAGUGGCAGGCCCAUUGCCCACUGCCAGCCCACAACAGCCAGGGACCAGUCGGGGCAAGGAUGUGCCAACUGAAGUUCUUCUGCGUAGGCUCCUGACGAACCAGGAGCUUAUCAUGGAGCAGCUCAAAAUUAUUACCUUGACCCUGAAUAAGUUCAAAGGACAGCCUGAUGGUGGGCAGGAGGUCCUUGAGAAGGAUGUCUUCCCACUGAAGGAUAUCAGCUCUUUACUGGCUGUGGAGAAGCGGGUCAGAGAAGAGGUGGACUUUAAACAGAAAAUGAUUUCUGCUUUGAGCGUCAUCGGUGGGGUCGAUGUCAAGGACACCGUGUGGCGGAUCAUGAAAAGCCUAUUCACCAACUCCCUGGCCAAACAACUUAACUGGCGUGGUGUGAAUGGGAAAGCAGCAUUCCACAGCCUCCAGUUAAAAGAUGUAGUUACUGGAACAGCCAGAAACAAUAAGUUAACGGCCACCGCAACAGACCAGGAGGUGGAGACUUAUAUAAAAAAGUGGCUUCAUCUUGCUGGAGACAGGGAUGGUGGGAGGAGAGAGAGAGAGCAAAAAAGGCGUUCCACACAGCUCGCACGGACAGAUGAAGACGAGACAAUGUUGGGCCCAUGAUUUAUUGGAAGCUGGAGGUCCACAACUGUGUUCCACAUUUCAUCUGUUCAUCUGUUUGGUUUUUUUCCUGUUUCGUGGCACAGUUAAAGAAUAAAGAAUAGUUCUCAGCUGUUUA